AUGGAGUCCAGAGAAGCCGCAGAGUCACUGACAUCCUCCGGGGAUCGGUGUUCACAGCUCGGCUCAGCAGCUGCAGAUAUGUCGCCGCAGAUCAGCGCAGAAAACUGUUUCCAGCUGCUCACAAAAGCCAAGAGAGAAGGCGAGGCGGGCGUGAGGGAGCGCGUGUACGACUACAUGAGCGCGCACUACCUGCAGGUGCUGCGGGCUCCCGGUGUGUACGGUAGACUGACCGCUGGGGAGAGGGAGCUCAUCCUGGCCCGGAGGAUGGAGGGGAGGAAGGUGCUGGCAGUGGCCGAGAGCAGUGAGGUGUCUGACCGGCGGGAGGACACCGACCGGGAGGACAGCGACCAGAAAGGGGAGGACACCAACCGGGAUGACACGAACCACCGGCGGGAGGACACCAACCGGGAGGACACCAGCCGGGAUGACAUCAACCGGGAUGACACCAACCACCGGCGGGUGUUCUACCUCCACCCGGACAGCCGGCGGUGGGAGGUGCUGACCACCCUACCGGAGGAAGUCCCCACUAAAGGCUCCAGCAUGUGCACCAUGUACAACUACCUGUUCGUGGCGGGGGGGCUGCGGGGGGACCGGGUGUCUGACCGGGUGUUCUGCUUCAAUCCGGUAACCGGAGCCUGGACUCAGACCCGCCGGCUGACCCAGCCCCGGUGCCAGCUGCAGCUCGUGUCUAUGGACGGUCACCUGUACGCCAUCGGGGGGGAGUGUCUGUUCACGGUGGAGAGGUACGACCCGCGCACGGACAGGUGGGCUCCGGUGGCCCCGCUGCCUAAAGGCUCGUUCGCUGUUGCGCACGAGGCGACGUCAUGUGGCGGGGAGCUGUUCGUGUCCGGUGGUUCGCUCUUCUACCGGCUGCUCCGCUACGACUCCCGCCGGGAUGAGUGGGAGGAGUGUCCGUUUAACGAGAGCCGGCGGCGGUCCACCGACAUGGUGGCGCACCGCAGCCUCGUGUACCGGUUCGACGUGGACCGGGAGCGCGCGGGGGUGAGUGUGUACAAAUACAACACGGUGGUGAAGGUGUGGCACGGUGGCGCGUGCUACCCGCUCCACAACCCUCUGCCGUUCCGGUGCGCGGUGCUCGGGGACCGGAUCUACUGCGUCAACCGGAACCAGACGCUGCAGUUUGAGGUCCGGGAGGAGCGCGAGGGCUUCCUACCGGAGGUCCUGCCCUCCCCUACCGAGACCAGAGGAGCCCUGGUACCGUUCGUCCUCUCUCUGAACCGGGACCAGUGA